AUGAGCCCAGUCGGAAGUCACGUAAUCAAACUUGCAGAAGGACUGCAUGUUCCACGUCUGGAGAGAGCCAACUACCAAAAGUGGCUCGUACUUAUCGAAGCUGCACUAAGGCACUUCAAUCUUUGGGAAUCACAUAUUAUUGCGAAACCACCCAGUAAACCCGAUCAGCCGUACCUGAUCAACAAUGCCAAAGCUUAUAGCAUGAUAUCUGCCACACUAAGCAAGGACAAUGAAAAACUAGCAGAGGACCUCAACGGUAUUCCUCUAUCAGCUCACCUCAGUUUCGCUGCCAUAAAGAAACAUCACGAAACAGGCAACAUGAGCGCAAAACUAGAGCUCGAAGACGAGCUCGACUUAAUAGUAUACGACACCCAGGUCGGUGUUAAGCAACUAUACGACGAAAUGUUCGACAUACGGAAACUAUUGUCACAAAUUGGCGUCAAAUGGUCCGAUGAGGAUUAUGUACGAAAACUCUUGAGGAAACUACUAAAAGGAUCUUCACAUUGGGGCAACAUGCGUACCAGAUUUGACAGCUUUACUAAAUCAAAUUAUGCAACAGCUGACAUCAGGACAAUGUUGGCAUACGAAGAGCAGCAACUUAUCACUGUCAUGCUACUUCCAUCUUUAGACAACGCCGAAGUCGCGUCACCAGCAAAUCUACACACCUGGCACAGACGCCUAGGACACAUCGGAAAGAAAGCCAUCCUUGAUCUGGCUAAAACCGUGAACGGAAUGGACAUUCUACCAAGUAACAGCCCUCCAAGGAUAUGUGAAGCUUGCAUCGAAGGACAAGCACAUAAGAAACCUUUUCCAGUGCCUAAUCACAGGGCUUAUGAUUGGAGUGUUACUACUACACUUUCCAAACCCAGAACUGCUCAUCCGAUUAUUGAUAACGAUAGUGAUGAUGAAAUGCCACUCUUUUAUCCAAUUUUUACUACUACUACUACUCCAAUUCCAUCCCCUGAACUAAUAGAGGAUGACGAUAUAUCUACUACUCCCACUAGGACACAAAUGUCGCCAGCCAGGGAUGCUACACCAGUCACCGAAACCCAGCAAGAGGAAGAUCUGGGCAAUUCGAGUCAAACUCCAACUAUUAUCGCUACUAGCGAAUACAAUGAUGGAACAUAUCCUACUAUUCAUCAAUCCAGGCCUAACCCUGAGGACUCAAAUCAAGCGAGCCAAAUUAUCAGAUCUGGUGGGGUUACUACUAAAGACCCAUUUGAAUCUUCCAGUCCAUUAGGAUUCAAUCCAUCAAGACUGCCAAACCCACUUAGACCAUACAAGGGGUAUACCUAUGAAGAAAUUACUGAUGAAGAACCAGAAUCACAUUCUUCUCCACCAACUGGACGCGGAACAUCCAGAAACAAGCAAAUACUGAGCUCUCUUAACGAAAAAGAUCUCAAGAACAAUACUAGAGCAUUAACUGCCAUAGAGACCGUCGAAGAUAAAGCUGAACUAUCCACUUAUUCGCCUCUCUACAAAAAUCCUCACUCAUUUCCUGAGACUCGAGCUCUCUAUAAACGGGUAGACGAUGCCAUUAUUAAAUUUACUAACUCCAGAAAUCAACACUAUUGGUUGUAA